AUGCGUGUUGGCACUUUACAAAAGAUUCGAAUGUACAUUGUACCACUAGGGAUCAUUGUAGGCCUAGGGUAUUUGAAUUUUGCAUUGAAUUACUCGCUUGGGUAUCAAGAAAUUUACAACCACCACUCACAUGGGGUCGCAAUAACGCUAUGGUGCCUAUCUGGAUUUUGUCAAGUUUUGCUUUUCAUCUACUGGGCUUUGAUAUUGUAUGUUGGUCCUGGCAGAUCUCCUCAGUUCCCACUUUUGGAUAUUUAUCAAGUAGGCGACAAGGAUCUUUUGCCGUUACCCGAUGUGUUUUUCUGUGAUGAGUUUGGAUUCCCAUUUUAUGAUUCCAAGCUGCAGUCUUUACGGAUUGAGAGAUCUUUCUACUCCAAGUACGUGGGCUACAAUGUUUUGAAAUUUGAUCAUUUUUGCCUAUGGAUUGGAAGUAGUAUAGGUCUAACGAAUUACUUGUAUUUCAUGAAGUUCUGCAUUUGGUUUAUGUCAUUUUUCAUUAUAAUGUUGAUUUAUAUAAGUCGGUACACGAGGCUGUCGAUAGACCGGGGAGGUGAAAUCAACCACAACUUCAUCUUAUUGUACAUUAUGAGUGGGUUUUGGAUACUUUGCAUCAGUGCGCUUUUCAUUGCGCACGUUGGUUACGUCUGUCGCAAUGUGACUACCUUGGAUGAGAUUUCUAUAAAGCAAAAAGCCAGGUAUGAGCGCUGGAGGAGUCGACAGAAAUCGCAUAAAAAUGAAAAUGAAAAUGAAAAUGAAAAUGAAGGGGCAAGUGGGUCGAAGCUGUUUAAUUGCUUAGCGCAAAAAAUGCCCAGAAAGGAGGAAGGAAAACGAUAUGUCAAUGUGAAGCGGGACAAUCUCAGACUAGUUGUUGAGUAUGAUGUGUCGGUGCGUCCCUUCAAUAUGGGAUGGAAAAGAAAUUGGAUCAACCUUGUGUUGAAUGGAAAUCGGACUCAAGGUAGAGAUGAAGGGGACUAUACUACCGCGCGGUUCAUAGAGGCCAUGGCUGUUUUGCUUUUACCAUUCGCUGAGCUCCCUUUUGAACUACGUCGAAGAAGAGCCAUUUUGGACUUGGAGAAUCUCCCGUCUGGUAUGGAAAGAACGGUUGCAGAGUUCAAAUAUUAUUCAAGCGAGGUUAGUCCCGAAUUUUUGCAAGUGAUCGAGGAUAAGAUAAAUAGAAGAGAUUGUUAUAUUCCCAGUUAUUUUGCAGCAAAGAAUGGUCUAGCGUAA